AAAGGAUUGUUCCCUUUUGACUUGGGAUGCCCCAAAUUAGGAGAUUAAUUCAAUUCUCCCUUGUUGUCAACGAUUCUGUAAAGAUUUUGCUAAACCAUUCAACUCUUCCAAUUUUCAACCCGGAUUCUUUGGUUUAGUAUUCAUCAUAAACAAGAUUAGAGAGAGCUUCUUCUUGAUGUGAUUGAAUUCGUUGAAGAAGGGUCGACGUCUGAAACUUUAAGCGUUUCCCAUGGAUUUGACGGAUUCAGCUCCCUCGAUACGACCCUCCUCUGACUCCAUCCCUCUUCCCUCCGGCUCCGCUCCACGACAGGAGGAUCAUUAUGUAGCAUCCAUAAUUGAAGAACAUGAGACAACUUGCUGGGGAUGUGGAUUGCGGCUUGUUAUUUCACCUUAUGCACCGAUUUUCAAGUGUGGUUGGUGUGGAGCCAUAACUAAUCACAAUGCACGUAAAUUCAAUAACAAGUACUUUUGGUUGAGACGUCUUCGAGACCGGAGUUUUGUCAGUAUUCUCCUGCUAUUUAUGCUUUUCAUUAUAGGUAGCGGUGUUUGGGCUAUUUAUCCUGUCAUCGUUUCAAUGAGUUAUUUCUUUGGCAUAUUUCAUUCGAUUAUGGUGAUUAUCUUGUCAAUAACCACACUUUCAACUUACAUCCUUGCUGCAUUUCGGUCUCCUGGUGCACCACCGCUUAUAUCUUGGGGCAGCUAUCCUGCCGUGGGAAGAGGUGCUCUCGGGGAUUACACUUUUUGUCAAUUGUGUUCAAAGCCAAAGUCACCUAACGCUCAUCACUGCCGUUCAUGUGGAAUGUGUGUAUUGGACAUGGAUCAUCAUUGCCCAUUUAUUGGUAAUUGUGUUGGGGCGGGAAAUCAUCGGAGCUUCAUCCUCUUCCUCAUGUCAGCAGUCGCCAGUACUUUCUAUGUUUCGAUUAUAUCUUCGUACGUAGCUUAUCAAAUCUGGCCGCCAUUACGACACAUUCCUACGGCUGUUUUGAGUAGGUCGACCGUUGUUUCAGUCCUAACUGAACGAACGUUCGCUUUCCUCAUAUCCGUAGAAUAUUUACCCAUCAGAGGUUUUGUACUCAUUUACCUAUUCUUUGCAAGCAUUUCUGUUGAAAUCGGUUUGGCCGUGCUUUUGUGGCAACAACUAUGCUACAUAUACGAAGGGAAAACGUACCUGAGUCAGUUAAGUUCACACAAUGACGUCGACGAAAAAGACUGCCAAAACAUUGUAAGGUUCUUUGGUUUCCCUUAUCCUGCAACGCGAUAUGUGCUUAGUAUUUGGAAUUCUAAGAAGAGCCACAAAAAGUGAAUGUAUACUUAGAGAAGGGAUUAGUGGUUGUAUCGUAUGAUUGUAUCGUAUGAUUGUAUCAUUCUUAGAGUUAUAUAUACAUGCAUCAUUC